GUAAUUGUUUUUUAUCUAGGAUAUUGAACAAAUCUAUAAGUCUAGUACACGAUCUCCUGUUCUGCUUUCUUCACAGAUGUUUUAGGCGCGCAUUUCGCAUUGCCCAUUUCGUAAUACCAUGGUAAUACUACCGUGGUAAUCAAAAAUCAUUUUGUCAGCAUUUGUAUUUUAUAAUUUUUUACAUUUUCUUUUUGAGAUUGAAGUUUUGCAUUGAGCGCCAUUCAAAUUAGAGUGAUUUUUUAGAAUUCGUCUCCUGCGUCAGAUCAGACUGAAAUGCUUUCAUAAGUUGUUGCAGUAUCCAUGAAUAUAAGGGUGGUAUUCAUUAUAAUGUGAAAGUUUCCUGAAAUCAAAGCUGACGCUCUGUUCCUUUCUUGCGGUACUUCACUCUUCAGCACAAAUUGCAAGUGCAGCAGAAACCAUGCCAACCAUGCCAAACGAGGACUGCAUGGACAUGGAAGUGUGCCAGGAGCCAGCCAAACCUGAUCCAGUUGUGCGGAAUGAAUGCGAAGAGGAAUGUCUUGCAGUAUCUUCUGUUGGGAAUAAACAGCAAACCGAGAUGGUGGCCACAAAAGACCCUAUUUGCGAAUGUGCCGUGCUGCAGGAUAAAGUUGUUGUCGACGAGUACAAAAGGCUUGAUAAUUGUCAACAGCAUUUUAUCAGCGAACUGAAUGGGAUUCUGAAUUCCUCUCAAACUUUGUUCAGCGGAAACUCCUACGAACAAGUGCGACAAUCAAAGGAAGCAUCCCGAAAGAUUGGCGAUGGGUCACUGAAACUCGAUGCUUUGCUGAAAUUGACCAAAGGUCUCCACCCGACGUGUUCCCAGGCUCCAGUUCAACGUGCAGACGAUUGUGCUUCGCCGGAACUCUCGGGUUUACCGCUUUGCCAUGACAUUGCCGACGGUAUCGCUGAACAUUUGGAGUCUUUGUAUUCUCGUCGAACCGCUGGGCCGAUUCAGGAAACGAACAAUUCUUUAAUUUCCAAAGAUCUACCAGCACCUGUGAUUGCGGAGAACAUGGAUACUGUGGAUGCUGGAGAGAAAGUGGAGGAAGUUGCGAAUGUGCCAAUUCUUCCAGAAGAGCCUGUGCCGUCUCCAAAAAGCCAAGCCAGUGAGCAGACGGAAAGUACGGAAAACGGCAAAGAAAACGAUGCGAAAAAGCGCAAACAUCGCGAUUCGAUUACCAAUUGCAACAUGGAAUCUCUUUUACCUGCUGAUCUUACUGCGAAUAAAUCGCUUGUUCCACUGGAAACUCCGAAACGACGCAAACCCAACCGCCUCUAUAACGACGACAACCCAUAUCCACUAAAACAGCUAGCAAGAGAGUCUUUUAUAAUUGUCGCUGAGCCGAAAGAUGUGUGCAUCUUUUGUCUGGAUGACGUCUACCAUCCGGACGAUGAUAAACGUUUGUUAAAAUGCCAUGGUCCUUGCCGGCGCACUUUCCACUACCAGUGUUUCGAUGUGGAGGACGAAGUCAAUCCAGCAGAAUAUCGGUGUCGCGAGUGCGAGAGUGGGCUGCGAAAAUGUUUCAUGUGUGGCGAAACGGACGAAAAUUUAGUGAAAUGUCCCAUAGCGGAAUGCGGGCACCAUUAUCAUUUUCACUGCCUAAUGGGUGCUAAAGCCGAUCCGACCACCAAAUUGACACAGUGCCCACAACAUUCUUGCUACACAUGCCGUUUAGCCGGACGUACUCCAAAGAUGCCAAAAAUGGAUAGACUAUUGGUGAAGUGCAACAAAUGUCCGUACGCCUGUCAUUUUAAUUUCAUGUGCUGUCCAGCGGAAGUUCUCGUCUGUCCCGACAAUCCAGCAUAUUUGACGUGCUGGAAACAUACUGAUAACCUGAAACAGGUCAAAAGCAAGCGCGGACCAAAGAGUAAGAAGAGAAGCUCUGCUUUCAGCCCGAGCAGCACCAUGGCAAAGAACUGCCUGUACUGCCAUGAUGGCGGUACAUUAAUGGUAUGUGACCAGUGUCCAUUUGUGGCUCAUCAGAGCUGUCUCCAGCUGGAUACGGUUCCGGAUGGUCCGUGGAGUUGUCCGGAAUGUACGAAGGGGCGUCGACCGAUGCUGCUGGAUAUUGUCUGGCAUAAGUGUGGCAUGCACAGGAUAUGGCCGUGUCAGAUAGUACCGGAAUCAUUGUGCCCACCGGUAAUCCAAAAAAGCCAUCCAGGAGGCAGUGCAUUUACAUUAAGAUUUAUGGGGACUAAAGAGUUCACGUAUGCGUCGACGGCCAGCGUCCUUCCGUACGAAAUCUACGAUCCGGGCUGGAAAAAAUCCAAUUCAAAGGAUAAACGUUUUCCGGAAGGUCUGAGAGAAGCGAAGCAGAAAGGCGAGGAACUGCUGCGAAUCAAAGAGGAUUUUAUAGCCACCAAUUUUCAAGGAGUGCCUCCAGUUUACAAAGCAAUUAAGGGGAAUUUUGCCGUUUUACCUGCAAAGUAUGGACGUCAAUACGGCAAGAAGAACGCAAAACGAGGACGAGCUGAUAGUUUCGAGGACGAUAAUGUGUGCAAUUGCACCUCAGACGAUCAGGAUCCCUGUGGGCCGUCAUCCGAUUGUCUUAAUCGUGGUAUUCAUUUUGAAUGUGAUCCAAAAACCUGCCCAGCUGGUGCUAGGUGCGGAAACCAGCGGCUUCUUAAGCGGCAGUAUCCGAAACUGAAAAAGUUUUACACUGCUGAUCGGGGAUGGGCUCUGCGGGCGGAAGAGGACAUUCGUGAGCGCGAAGUGGUGAUCGAAUAUGUCGGUGAAAUCAUCACAGUGGAGGAACGCAACCGGCGUAUGUGUGAAAAGUUGCAGUCGGGCGAUAUUAACUUCUACUUCCUGGAUUUGACCAAAGGCCGUGUAAUCGACGCUGGCCCUAGCGGAAACCUGGCACGUUUUGCUAAUCACUCCUGCGAUGCAAAUUGCACAUCGGAAAAGUGGGAAGUGGACGGGGAUACGCGGAUUGGUCUGAUUGCACUACGGGAUAUUCACAAAGGCGAGGAGAUCACUUUCGAUUACCGAUGGGAAUACGAGUGUGGCGUGACGUGCCGAGAGUGUCUCUGCGGUGCGGAGAAGUGCCGCGGCAAAAUUGGCGGAAAGACGUACGUGUCCAAAGAUAAUUCGGCGGAGAAUUCGAGUGUGGGAGAGUGAUUCGCGUCCGUGGAUACGUAUUUCACUUUUACCACGUUGCAUUUUUGAAUUUUUUUAUUUGUUCAAGAGUAUUUUGUGUGGCGUUAAUUUUCCAGAGCUUCUCAGGGUACGUUUCGUGUAUUUGUAUAUCGUGGUGCAAUGUUUUACUGCAUAGUUGUGUAAGUGUUUUUCUCUUUUGAGUUACUUUUUAAGUUUUUUUUGCAUACGCCGCACGUACAGAAGUACGAUAAGUAUUGUGCGAGUCGUCGCAAUACUUAAGUUUUAAGUAAAUAAUACGCAAGU